CUCUGACCAGUGCGCUGAAACUCAGUUGUGUUUCAGAACAUGCACGCGCACAGGGCUCCUUUCUUCAAUAUUACCAUCAGAUGACACUAACACGUGUUGUCAUAUCGCGCUGGCGCCAGGCCAAAAUUAAUCCAGGAUUAACACACAGACAACUCAAUGACUACAAACUCAGCUGACGGACGCUCAUUCAGUUGCGUAAGACUCGAUCGCGUGAAUAGAAACAGUGGAGCCCAUUGAAAUAGAAGAAUAAAUAGAAGAUUAGAAGAAUAGAGGAGAAAACCUGAAUCUUAUAGCGACAUGAGAUCUAAAGGAGUGUUCCUGGUGGUGUUACUGAGUGCGUUAACAGCGUAUUACGUUUAUUUACCUAUUCCGAAUAACAUAGAGGAGAGAUGGAAACUCAUGCUCACUGACUCGAUCUUCAGAAGUUUGAGCCAUUUGGCAGAACUUACUGAACAGCUGGGACUUUUGGACUACAUGAGAGUCAUGAUGUUCAUCACCUUUGCGGAGCGAGUGGUACCGGUGUCGGAUGAUAGGGUGCAAGUGGUCGAUGAGAAUUUUGAGGGCGUGGAGGUCAUUGUGUAUCAGCCUGCACAGAUAGAAGACACAGGAGAGCUAAAAAGAGCCAUUAUUUACCUGCAUGGAGGAGGAUGGUGUCUGGGCAGCUCGCGCAUGAGUCCUUAUGAUCUUCUCGCCAGGCACAUGGUCACAGAGCUCAACGCAGUUAUUGUAUCUGUGGAGUACCGCUUGGCACCAGCAUUUCAUUUUCCUAUCCCAUUUGAGGAUGUGUAUCGUGUGGUAAAGUACUUCCUUCACGUUGACGUUCUGAGGAGCUACCAUAUCAAUCCAGAACGAAUUGCUGUGUCGGGGGACAGCGCAGGAGGCAACCUUGCAGCUGCUGUGGCCCAGCAGUUGCAGCAGGACUCAAGGAACAAUGUCCACCUGAAGGUCCAGGCUUUAAUCUAUCCUGUCCUGCAAGCCCUAGACCUUAACACCCCUUCCUAUCAGCAGAACCAGCAUAUGCCUAUAUUAACCCGCACACUGAUGAUUCGGUUUUGGAGCGAGUACUUCACCAGCGAUAAGUCGUUUUUCCGUGCCAUGAUGACAAACACACACAAUAAUCCAGAAUCAGCUGCUCUGCUUAAAUUUGUGAACUGGAGUUCAUAUUUACCGGAUUCGUACCGACGGAGUUACAAUUACAGUGCCCCACCUGUGGCCAUCGGAAACAACCCAGUACACUCUUUUGCUUCCUUCAGUUGGCUCGCAGAUCCACGAGCAUCGCCACUGCUGGUGCCUGACAAAACUUUGCGAUUACUGCCUAAGACGUAUGUGCUGACAUGCGAGUAUGACGUACUGCGGGACGACGGCUUAAUGUAUGUCAUGCGCCUGCGUAAUGCUGGAGUUGAUGUGACACAUGAACAUUACCCUGGUGGAUUUCAUGGUGCACUUAUGUUCACUGUGUGGCCCACAGACUUCGAGAUUGGACGUAAAAUGAUAGACAACUACGUUACAUGGCUUAAGCUAAAUUUAUAACAUGUUGAAUGCAACGGUACUUUAUGCAUCAGUUUCGUUUAACUGGUUCAGGUGACAUUUCUUUUUCAUUAUUUAUUUAGUUUUUUGCUCUGUAGUUUACAGUACACCACUUUUUUCUAUCUAAAAAGGGCACACGUUUGAUGUAUUUGAUAGUCUAUCAUGGCAUAAACAUUCAUGGCCACAAGAAUCUGGUUUUAAGGAGCACUGGUCUAAACUGUUUCACACAGUCAAGUAUUACAUUUUACAACUGUGUAUAUGUUUCUGACAAAUUUAUCUGAAUUAAAUCUAUAUUGCUGGCUGUUUUACCUUCCUGAAGGUUUCAUAUGCAGUAAACUGUCACUGGCUCUCUUCAAAUAUAUAUACAUAUUACAAGUUUAACUUGGUGUUUUGAAAUGUAGGUUUAGGAAACAAAAUAAAAGCAAAUGUGUCAUACUAAUAUAAAUGUUUAAAUGCACUGAUCAACAUAAAGUCAUUUGGGAUACUCUUUUAUAAUAUUACUCAUGUAGUAGUCAUGGACCAACUGCAUUUGUGACCUUGUAGAUGGAAUGAAUAGCCCAUAAUAAAACAAUGUGACAUUAUGCUAAAUAGUUUUUUUACUUUUUUAUUGGGCAGUAAGCAUGUUGUGGCUUAAAUAAAAUGUUCAAGGAUAUGUAUACUUUAUCUAGCCUUCAUAAUAUUAAGACUUAAGAAUUGUGAUUACAUUAAUGACCUGAGCCUAAAAAUGCUUUAAACAUUUGUUUGAUAUUAUUUUUGCAAUUACAAACCCAAAGCUUUGUGUGUGGAUUGGUGUCAAUAUAACAUACAGUAUGUUGGUAUGUGAACACCUUUUGUAGAACAAAACACCUCUUGUACAAGGGUAA